AUGGCCCAGACUCCCGGCUUCAACCCGAUCACCAAGCCUACCGAGGGCGAGAAGGUUCCCGCUGGAUCCACGUACAAAAUUGUCUGGGAGCCCAGCGCCGCCAACCCCGGAGCGAUCACAAUCGGCCUUCUCGGUGGAGCCACUCCCAGCUCCCUGAAUGUCAUCGACACCAUCGCUGCUGCUGUUGAUUCUGCGGCCGGCUCGUUCGCCUGGAACGUCCCCGCCACUCUUGGUGACCUGGCCACAUAUGGCAUCAAGAUUAGCUUGGACUCCGACCCCGAAAACGUCUUCCAGUACGGCUUCCCUUUCAAGAUUGUUGGCCAUGCUGGGAGCAGCACCUCCGCUUCGGCUUCCGGGGGCCCCUCGCACACAGCCACGGGCUCGGCGUCAGGCUCCGCUUCUUCGGUCUCGCACUCGGCGACUGGUUCCGCCUCGGAUGAGCCCACCACCACCAAGACUUCGACCUCGACCGUGACCUCGACCUCGACCAAGACUUCGACCAAGAAGCACACCAAGACCGUCACUCCCACGACCGUGACCAGCACUUCGGCCUCGUCUACUUCGGUCUCCACUGUCCGCAGCAGCUCGUCGCACACCACCUCCCACGUGCACUCGACGAUCACUAGCAGCGUCACCUCUCAGCGCCCUACUUCGACCACAUCGUCUACUAGCAGUGUUGCUACCAACGGUGUCGCUUCGUUCGCACCUGGCUCUAUUGCCAUGCUCGGUGGUGUUGCCAUGGCCGUUCUUGCUCUUUGA